AUGAGCACUGGCGAAGAUUGUAAGUUUUUUUCUCUACUAAAUGAUUUUUCCAAACGUUUUGUUUUUAAAAAAAUAAAAAUCUCUAGUAAUUGCGUGUAAAAAAAGAAAAAAACUGGUUUCAUUCGGAAUUUAGGAAAUAUGAGAAGUAUUUUAUUGAAGGUUUUUUUUCAGCCCGAAAAAGCAUUAAUCCUGGACAAGGACAUCGUCAAGCUCCAGAGCCUCCAGCUCGUGGAGUGGCUCCUUCUCAUAAUUCAUCUCGCAGCUCUGGAGCUCCCGAACCUCCAGCUCGUGGAAUUCCUCCGGAGCCUCCAGCCCGCAGUUCGGAUUUGUCCGCGCCACAUUCUCGCAGUAUGUGUUUUCGAAGUGACCUACUUGCAAAAAGAAGUUUUCAGAGCGCCACAGCUAUGCUACAGGAGCUCCUCCAGAGCCUCCAGCUCGUAGUAAGGCAACAGCUGAAGGACAAACGCUUGACAGAGAAACUCCUGAAAGACCAACUCUCUACAUGGGGCUUCCUGAGCGUCCAACUCUGAACAUGGAAAUGGAGCGGCCAACUCUAAACAUGGAAAUGGAACGGCCGACUCUUAACAUGGAAAUGGAGCGGCCAACUCUAAACAUGGGAUCUGCCAGUCGGCAAACUCUUAGUGAUAGCGUUAUCGACCGUCCAACUCUCAACAUGUCUGUCGAGCGUCCGACUCUCAGCUUGAGAGAGUUCGACCGGCCAACUCUCAACAUGGGCGACCUCACAGACCGUCCGUCGCUGAUGCCCGAACAGAACCAGCAAAACAAAGGCCCGAUUCGCAAGCGCCUCACCGAAGCCGAAGCCAACUCCGGCCUCCUUGAGCUACACAGUCAUUUAUAUCCUUAAACAAGGAAUCAAUUGAAAUUUCCAGACGUAACAGCCCGAGUGACUUAUGAUGACCUGAAGUUUGUUGCGGACCUCGGCCAUGGAAGCUGUGGUACUGUUACCAAGAGAACUUACAUGGGACUCGUCAUGGCUGUCAAGGUCAUCUAACUACUAAAAAUUGUGAACAAAAAAUGACUCAAGCUAGCCAUGAAUCAGCUAUUGAAGACUGAACUAAAUAUUUUCCAAAGAUUUUCAUUUCCAUCUUCACAAAUUCUUCAUUUUGAUUUUAGCCUAAGUUUUCCAGCAAUCAGCUAUCUUUGAAAGGAAAAAAUUAAAAAAAGGGACAAAUGAUAAGAUUUUCAAGAAAAAUGAAAAAAAAAAAAAAUUUGAAAAAAGGGAUUUUCAGACAAUGCCUCGGAAUGACAACGUCGUUGAAAUGAACCGAGUUCUCAUGGAUAUUGAUGUUAUCCGCCGCUCUUUGGACUGUUCUGACAUUGUGAGGUGCUUCGGAUACUUCAUCACUCCCGUUAGUUGCUCCUCUUCUCCAUCUCGGCUAUAAAAUAAAGUUUCAGACGGAUGUCUCUGUGUGCAUGGAAUGCAUGGCGACGUGUCUUGACCGUUUGCUCCACCAUACCAAUUACAAGCCCUUUCCCGAGACAAUCAUUGGAAAAAUGAUGAUCAGCACUGUAAACGCUCUCCACUAUCUCAAGUCUCGUCAUGUCAGUUUUUAUCAAGCUUUGAAGCAUAUUUGUGAAUUUGAGCUAUCAAUAGACCUGGAAAAAACAGUUUUUUCCAUGUUUCUUGAUUCUCUAUUUUUUCAACUUGAAAUUUAAAUUUAAUAAGUUUAGUGCUCCUCUCUGCCUCGAAAUGAAAAUAUUUCAGUCGAUCAUGCACCGUGACGUGAAGCCGUCAAACAUCCUUCUGGACUGGAACGGCGCCGUCAAACUGUGUGACUUCGGAAUCGCAGGACAGCUCAUCGAGUCUCGCGCUCACUCCAAGAAUGCCGGCUGUCCCUUGUACAUGGGUCCGGAAAGGCUUGAUCCUGCUGUCUCGACCUCCUACGACAUCCGGAGUGACGUUUGGUCUGUCGGAAUGACGAUGAUGGAACUGGCCACCGGGAGAUACCCAUAUGAUGGCAAGAGCGAGUUCGAAAUGAUCAGUGCGAUCAUUUUCGGAGCGCCGCCCAGGCUCGACCCGGUGAGGCUUCCGGCUCUUUCAAGAGAACCAAUUAGAGCAGUAAGAAUUGAAACAGAAAUGACGAAGAAAAUGGAAAUCAGCCUCUUUUCAGAAGGCUAAAAAAUUAACUACAUUUUCAAAGUAUAACUAGAUUUUCUGCGGAUUUUAAGAUUUGAGACAAGUUCCUCAAGGUUUAAAAAGCAAAAAAAGUGGUUUCGUUUGAUGCUCUGGUUUAUCCUUCCAUUUGAACUUUGGCUUUACAAAAAAAUAAAUUUUCAAUAGAAAAAAAUAUUGUGAGGCCUAGGGGGCGUCAUUUUAGAUCUUAUACAAGAAAGAAAUCCAAGUUUUCAGGAAAAUCAUUCGUCCGACUUCUGCGACGUCGUUGAUCUUUGUCUUCAGAAAGAUCCUACCAUGCGUCCCCGCUACCCCGAGCUUUUGGUAAAGCUGUACUCGUUUUGUUUUGUCCAAGCCACAUCAUUUUCAGAUGCAUCCGUUCAUCAAUCUCAACAGCACUCUUCAAACAGAUGUCGAAGAAUGGUUCACGGAAUGCAUGGUUGACGUUGGCAAAGUUUCAAUAAAGGAAUAAAUAAACUUUUUUUGUACCUUAUACAUAUUAUCACUCUAUUUGUAUUUUUAAAUGUACUUAUCGAAAAAGUUUUAAUUGCACCCGCUUAGAUUAAAUAUUUUCUGUGUUAUUUAUUUCAGUAGGAACGAUAUGAAAGUCUUUCAGUUCGGUUGUUUCCAGGAUUUCUUCUUUUGCCACACAUUAUCCCUCUACUGCUAG